AUGGUAGGAUUUUGUUUACGGAAGAAAACUCGUUAUGUACAGGGUUCGGUACUUUCCGCGGUUAAGACAGCUACAGAGUAUCUUGGAACGUAUCCCUCGUGGAUAAGGUGGAAUUACUCUUUCUUUUUCCUCCUUUCCUUUUUCUCUUCUUUUUCUCGUCUCCUCCUCUUCCUGUCCAUUUCCUCUUCUCCUUUUCCUUUUUCCCCUUUUCCUCCUUUCCUUCUCCGCCUCUUCUUUUGCUCUCUAAUUUCCUUCCUGUCUUUAUCCUCUCCCCUUUAUCCCUUGUUCUUUCCUCUCUUCUUUUCCUCCUCUCUUUAUACUCUUUCAUUUCCCUCCUCUCCUUUCCCUCUUUCAUUUCCCUCCACUCCUCCUCUUUUCUUUUCAUCUUCCUUUUCUCUUAUUCUCUUCUUUCUUUAUUGUACUUUCUUUCACUUAUCCUAUUCCCGCACACUCUCCCAACCUCCGUAUUCUCUUGUCUUUCUAUACCCACCGACGGACAAUCUUAAUCCUCGUAGCUUCCUUUUCCUCUUGUACCCUUUCUUUGCUUUCACCCACCGACACAUUACAAUCCAUCUUUCAUUGACCAUCUUCAUCUUCCCCGCCGGAGGCCACAUAAUUGACACCGUUGUUUCUUGCUUGCUUUCUAUUCAGAACGUUCAGUUCAACGUAAUCCUUUCCCUGAGACUGACGAACGCUAAUGUGCGCGUCUCUCCUUUCACCUGGAAAAGUCGCUUUAGCAUUCUUCUCCCCACCCCACCCUAUCCCCUCCCCCUCCCUCUCCUCUCUCACUCUCUCUCUUUCUCUCCUCCUCCUCUCUCUUCUUUUAGGCCUUGGGCACUUUCCUUCAUCCACUUCGCUUCACCGACCUCUCGCAUUUAUAUUACUAAAUUGUCUCUCUUACUUAUAUUACUAUACCUUCUCUCUCAUUUAUAUUACGAAAUUGUCUCUCUCACUUACAUUACUAAACCUCCUCUCUCAUUUAUAUUACUAAACCUUCUCUCUCAUUUAUAUUACUAA